CAAUGGACGACAUCCACGCCAUUGUUCAGCAGCACAAACUCUCCGUUGAGCAGUCGCGCAUCGUCCUGAAGGGCUACUAUUCAGCCUGGUCUCUCCUUGAGGCCCAUCAGCAGCUUCCCGAUGUUCGUCUCCCGGCACUUUUCUCGUCACCUAGUCUCAAGACCAUUGCUCAAUUUGGCGGUCAGAGCGGAGCACCUAACUUUAUGGACGAUGCAGCAUGGCUGUUUGAUGUCUACCAUCCGCUUCUUAGCGACUUUGUGGAGUACAUGUCGCGUUUUCUCCACCAAGAGUCGAUGGACCUUGUCCUGGACGGCACUCUUGAGCAGCCACUGGACUUUGUCGGGUGGUUGCUCAAGCCAGAAACUGCACCAGCCACUCAGCAUCUUCAUGCGGCGCCGAUUGCGUUCCCAUUCAUCGGACUUUUCCAGUUAAUGCAUCUGGUUGUCUUAUACAAGACACUUAGAAUUGACCCAGGCGAGCUGACCACUUUAUUCAGAGGUGCGAUUGGCCAUAGCAUCGGCAUUCACAUUGCCGCUGCCUUUGCAUCAGUAACUGACCAGGACUCCUUGUAUGGCUGUGCUGAAAAGGCUUUGGGCAUUCUCCUAGCCGCAGGCUGGAAAAUGCAAGCCGGAAUUCCUCUCAGCCACGUUUCCAAGGCAAUAUUGGACGAUGAACUUGAGCAUGGGGGACACCCAUCCCCUAUGGCUGCAUUCAGCCUACUGCCUCAGAAUAGACUCCAGCAGUUUAUCGACGAUUUCAACCAAGGAACCAAUUCGGCUGACUCCAAGGUUCGCAUUGGGGCUUAUCAACGGACAUUCUGUGUUUGUUGUCUCAGGCAUUGCUGA